CAGUGGUCGGCAACGGUUUGGUGGUCCCGUGUGCAUUAGUCAGUUGCAUCAAGUUGGGAUACGCUAGGGAAGCUUUUCUUUUUUUGUUUUACCUUAGCUUCGCAUCAGUACAGUACAGGUACAUCGACUUUUUAAUCUAACAGGUGGUUUAUUUGAUGCCUUUUGAUGCAGGAACGAAGGCGGAAAAGGCACUGGCGCACGCUGAAGCAGCAGCGGAAGCGAAGCAGCAGCAGGGCGACUCGACGGGAAACGAUCACCGCGGCACAACGGUGGGCGGCGAGGCCGCCACGCAGCAAGUGCGGCGUCACGAAGCGGAGGCGGCGCCCGCGGCUUCUUAUUCUUCUUCUUCCCCGGCGGCGCCGGGCGUGGCGGCCCGGCAGCGGCAGACGUACCCGGACAUCAUGGACAUCGCCGGCAUGGACUACUCGCCCGCCGCGCGAAAGCCUCCCAUCCACAACUGAAGGCCGGCCGGGCUUGGUGGUGGCGCACGUGAGUGGUGCACGCAGCACAAGUACGUACUAGCUGAGCUAGAGCUAGCUAGUAGCUAGGUCUACACAGGCCUAUGAAGCUGGUGGUGCAGUGGUGCCUGCGAUCGACUGGCCUAUUAGCUUUCCUUGUUUGUUUGUUCAUUAGGUUAGUUGCUAUAUAUUAGCCGUCGUAGUAGCUAGCGAGCGAGUGCUCGACCCGGUCAGUCCUGCUCUAGCUGAUCCUGAGUAGAAUAUCGCGCGCGUACAGUCAUCUAUAGCUAGUGACCCAUCGAUACCGGACAGCAUCGAUCGCAGGAUUUUGUGACGACUUCUAUAUACUGGUACAAAAGCUUCGUUCCAUCUC